AUUAUCUUUGCUUGCUCUAUGUUUCGUUUCGAAUUCUCCGUGGUGUAUGUGCUGUUUGAGGUUUUCUUUAUUUCUCUGUAAUUUUUAACAAUUUCUGUUAUUAUUUAUUAAAAUUCGCUUAAUAAGUACAGAUCAAAGUGAAAUAUUAAAAUUUGUUAAUAAUGGCUACUGAUAACAUAGAAAAGUUAUACCAAAAUUACGGCGUGCUAGCCGACGCCAAGCAUGACAUUUCGAAGCAUGAAAAAGAGUAUCUCGAAAUAUUAGCUGCUGUAAAAGGAUCAGAUAAGGAGAAACGUCUAGCGUCACAAUUCAUUGCAAAAUUCUUCAGCAGCUUUCCUAAUCUUGCAGAACAGGCAAUAGAGGCCCAAUUCGAUCUUUGUGAGGAUGAUGACGUAGCUAUCCGCAAACAAGCAAUUAAAGAUUUGCCAUCGCUGUGCAAGGACCACAAAGAACAUACUCAGAGAAUUGCUGAUAUCUUAGCUCAGUUGUUGCAGUCUGAUGAUGUGACAGAGAUUAAUAUUGUCACCAAUUCUUUACUUGCUAUCCUGAAAACUGAUCCUAAGGGGGCACUGAUGGGGUUGUUUUCACAAAUUCACCAAAGCACAGACAGCGAAGUCACCAAUGAGAUAGUACGAGAAAGGUGUAUUAAGUUUUUGGCAACAAAAGUGAAACAGCUAGGAAGGGAAGUCAUCAAUAAGGAAGCAGAAGAUCUAAUUAUUGCUGAAUGCAAAAAGAUCUUAGAGGAUGUGGUAGCUGAAGAAUUUGAGCACAUAAUAGAUUUGCUUACUUGGUCUAAACUAGGCAAAACUCCGGCAGGGAAGAAAGAACUUGUUCAACUUGUUGCUGCUAUUGGUCUGUCUCCAGAUGACUGGCAUCCAGAAGAUCCAGAGUAUGUUGAUAGGGUGCUUCAAUGUUCUCAACAUGCUUUGCCUUUGUUUUCGGCACAAGUGGAUUCUACUCAAUUUGUCAAUUUCUUCUGUGAUCAUGUCCUUGCCUGCUGGAAGGAUAUAACUACACCCGAGGGAACAGAUCCUAAACUUGAACUACUGAAAAUUUUCGCUGAAAUCUCAGAGCAUUGUGGUGAUUUGGAAGAAGCGCAGAAAAAAAUUGAUGCAGUUUAUGAUGUUCUUAUGACCUAUCUGCCAGAGGCGCCUAUAGAAGAAGAACUGAAAAAAGAAGAUGAAAAGAAAGAAGAAAAUGUAAAAGAAGAAACUAAUUCGGAAGAGAAUAAACAAGCACCAUCUCUUCAGUUUUCACAUGUGGAGUGUGCGUUGUAUGGCUUGCAUUCAUUAUGUCGCAAAGCCCCAGAUGCCCUCGGAGCUGACCCUGCAAGGCUGAAGGCUCUGCGUUUACGGCUACAGUACACUGCUCGAUUGACACAGGGCUACAUUAAAAAGCUAAAAGAAGUUACACAGGGUAAAAAAGUAGACACAAACUCAGAAGAGAAUAAGUUAAAGGUAGCAGCUUUGAAAACCACUUCAAAUAUCAACACCCUGAUCAGAGAUAUAUUCCGCACACCGCCAAGCUUCAAGAGCAAAGUUCAGCUUUCGUUCCAGUCAACCAAAAAAGUUGAUAAAGAGGAAAGGCAUUCCGAAGCUGCUACUGAAGAUAAAGACAUGAAUUCGCAAGGUCAAAAGCGGCACCGUCCUAUCACCUUUGAUAAUGGCAACAAAGAAUCCCCUGAAAAACGCUCUCGCAGUGGCGAUAGGAACAUGAAAAUGUACACGCCUCCCUCUGGCAAAUACAGCUCAAGAUUGAACAAUAGCGGCAGAUUUUCUGGCCCAAAUUCCGGGAGGGGUCGGGGUUAUGGCAGACGUGACUUUAGGAACAGUGGGGCACCUUUCAGAAGGCGUAGUAAUUACUAAACUUUACGGACUGACUUAUUUACUUGACUAAGCGACUAUUGAUUUUCCAAGUAUAUGGCGUGUUUAUUGUACAGACAUCUAUAAUUAGAGCAAGAAAUAGUGAUCUAUUUCUUAGUAGGUAGUCGAGAAAUUAAAUAUGAUUUGGUUUUCGAAGUUCAAGGUUUCCUUCGUGUCGGGAUGCCGUCGUCGUUUCUUUUGUGGUGCUUUAAGUUAUUUUAGUUACAGCAAGCUACAAUGGAGCCACGUCUUAUCAGUUUAUUUUUUAUAGGUUAUUUUUGCUCGUGCUGGAGAAGGGAUAUCCCCGAGUUUUGUGUUGAUGGAGAAUCUGCGAAACAGGUAAUUUUUUACCGUGUUUUUAACUCUCAGGUCACAACAUUUGGGGUAAUACUUCUUGUUUAAAAUGUGUAAAGUCUAACCAGAUAACCUGACGAAGCGCGAGACUGCAUGUCGCCUGAUAAACUUAGUGAAUUCAGUAUGUAAGUAUUUUUCAUGUAGAUGCACUAUAAUAAGUCCGUCGACGAAAUUAAAUUACAUCACUACAACAUUGGCAGUGGACUAACAUAAUUUAAGGUAAGUAACUUAUGUAUAAUAUACACGAAAACCAUGAUUUAUCACUGCUUUCGCGAGGGUAAGUAUUAGGUGGAAAAUAACUUGUUUCAGAUUGUUGUCAUCUCUUUGUCCACACCAUUUUUGUCACAGGAAUCUUCGAAGUUGAUUAUCCAGUAAAUAUAAAUUGAUUUUAGAU